GGAACCUCAGAACCUGUGGGAACUGAGGCUGGGAGUCAAGGGGGGAAGGGAUUGAAUGUGACCCCAUUUGCUAUUUAACCCCAGGUGAGGGUUUGGCCCCCAGGUGAGGGGUCUGCAGUGGGGCUGUGUUGGUGUGAAGCCCCUUCCUCCUCAAGAGCCAGAGCUCCCUGCUCCUGCUCAGCCCCUGCAGCCUCCCAGGAGAAGCCCUUGGAGUUUGUGUGUCCCCUGGCCAUGGGAGGUGUUUUUGGGAAGAACAAGAGGCCCUGUGUGUUCCCCAGGGUUGUUUAUAGGGCCAGGAGGAGCGCCCGGGUGUGCUGUGAUGCAGCCACCUGGACUGGGGACACCCACUUCUACUCAGCACGGGUUGGGAGAGCCCCGAGGGGCUCCCAGCCCCCUGCAGCCACGCUGGUGCUGGAAACUUCUGGGGGUGAGUCUAGAGGGGAGGAAGGAGACUCAGCCUCGCCUCCGAGGGCACAGCACAGCAAGACCUCGGUCCCUGCAGACACACGAGGGGCUGAGCUGCCCCAGGAACCCGAAGCCAAAGCUCACCCAGAGCUGCAGAAACGCCAGGAGCUCACAGGAGAGGCAGGAGCACCCCAAAACCCCCAGGACAGCAGAGAGGCUGAGGCUGUUCUGCACCCCCCUGGCAGUUCCCUGUCCCCUGAGCUCUGCUGUGGGGACCAGGGGGUGACACCUCUCACCCAGGUCACAGUGGAGGUCGAUGUCCAUGUGUCUGCAGGUGACCAUGGGGAACCUGGCCAGGGCCAGGCUGCUGCCAAACCUGAGCUGCUCAGGGGCACAGGGCAGGAGGCUGGGGCUGCCGGGGGUGCAGAGGAUGCCUGUGUUGGGAAAGCUCUUUGGGAAGUGCCUGUGCAGGAGGCAGGUGACACCAUGGCUGCUUCGUGUCCCCUGGAGGCUGCAGAGCCAGAAGAGAGCAUCACAGACGGGCAGGGAGCUGCACAGGAGCACUGGGGAGAAGAAACUGAAGCCCCACCUGAUCUCCAACGGGGACAAGGUGAGAGUCCUGCUGCUGAAGGUGUGGAAGGAGCUGCUGGUGGACCAGAGCAAGCUGAAGAGAUGGCUGAGACCUGUGGUGAGGGGCAGACAUCAGAGGAGACCCCAGCCUGCCUGCCAGAAACCCAAGAGGAGAAGAAAACCAAAGUUAGCAGUGAUGGAAAAGCAGAGGAGCACUGAAGGAGCACGUGGAGCCUGGAGCAGCAAGCACCGAGGGUUUGUCUGCAGCCGGAGCUGAACCUGCUGCCUGUGCCCUGGAGGACUCAGAAAUCAGGGUGUGGUGGCAGAACCUGCCUUGAAAGACUUUCAAACUAAAGAAAGACUUGAAAGACUUUUAAACUAAACUUAAAAUUUGUGUGUUGCCUUCUGCAAGUGGCACUUUCCUCCUUUCUGCUCUGCUGGGAGAGGGAGUGUGGACAUGGGCUGAGUGUUCCUUGGUACUAAAAGUGUAUUUAUCUAUUUAUUAUCUAUUUAUACCCUGACUAGGGCUGUGCUCUUCAUGGUUAU